AUGGCCCAGGGAACACUGCUGCUCUCGAUAGCCGAUGUCACCGUACACCAGCUCAGCCCCUCAACCACCUCCAGCCCGCCGAUCGACUCAACGCUCUUCGCCGCAACCGUCCUCAACCUCCAGCUCGUCGACAUCCCUUCAACCGCCCUCAAGUCAAUCCCCUCGGUCUCAGAACCACCGCCGUACAGCAACCUGGAGAAAUCUAAUGCGCAGAACCAUCCCAGCCAACCCACCGUCGAGACCUGGCUGGUCCUCUCCCUGGCUGAUGGCCUCAUCGACAUCCCACUCUCACAGUCAUCCCAGAUCUCCUUCCAGCAGCCCCGCUCCUACCUCGUCCCGAUCCUCCCAGGGGAUGCCGGCCCAGCCGAGCUCGACAACAAGGCUGCACACCAGGCUCUCGUCAGGAUCGACAUUGCCAGUCAUGUGCCCGAUGAUACCAUCGACACCCUCGACAGCAUCCUCGCCGGCUGGACCCAAUACCCCGGCCGUCAGAGUGCCAGCCAGCCCUUACUCUCUGUCAACCAGAUCCCCUCCAAAUCCGUCUCUCCACCUCCCCCCUCACAUCCUUCAGCUUCAUCCUCAUUCCCGAAAGAAAAACCUGCUUCAAACCAAUCUACAUCCAAUGGGGCUUCCAAGUCACCCUUUCCAUCUGAGGGACGCUUGGCUCUGAUGGAUGAAUCAACUGGAGAGAUCUGUGGGGAACUAACUUCAUAUGUCAAAUUCCAAGGCCCGGCCAUCGCAGCGCACGCCCCGCCCUAUCCAGCGGGACCUUCGCACCAAGGCCCUAUGGGCGGAGGCCCAUCAGGAGCCCCUCACCUAUUGCUAGCGGCGCCACAGCCUGUAAUGGUAUCCCUGAGCCCGUCGGCACAGGGGCCGGGGCACUCGACGGCCCAGGUGAGCGCCAUGCCAGCCGGCGGGGGCUCGCAGAUCCUCAGCGGGGCAGAGUGGGUCUCCCGGGGGAUCCUUGCGGGCUCGGAGGUGAUCAGCUCGAUGAUCAAGAAAAGCGGCAGCUCGUACCUUGCCAGCGCCAAGCCGGCCGCCGCGCCGAUCACCUUCUCCUCCACCACCCAUGCCAAUGCAGACAAGGUCCUCGGCUUUACCCGCUCAGCUACUAAGGUCUCCGGUAAAGCCGCCUCCCUCGUCGGAUCCGUCUUCGGCAAGGUCGGCGAUACCAUCGGAAAGUCCACCGGCAUCCAACGCUCCCCCUCUGGCGCACCUCCCUCCGGCGCCCGCGGAUACGUCCACAAGGGCUUGGUCGCUUUCAACACUGUCAUGGAUUCGCUCGAGACCGGGGGCAAGAAAGUAUUGGCAACUGCGGGUGACACGACCACCGAGGUAGUGACGCAUGCGUACGGAGCCGAAGCGGGCCAGAUCGCCCACCGCGCCAACCACGCGGUCCGGAACGUCGGCCUGGUCUACAUCGACGCCCGCGGGGUCACGCGCCGCGCGAUCCUCAAGUCGGUCGGGAAAGCGGCGGUCCGAGGCCGGAUGAACGACGGCAGAGAAGUCAUCCUCGGAUCCGACGAGAAUGUCGACCAUUGGUCCGUCGUCGACAAUCAACCCCAUCCCCAUUCCCCCAACCCUGACCUCAAAAACCCUACUCCAAAUCACACUGAUCGAAAAGACCAUAAGUCUUGA